CUCGCAUCCGCUUUUCUGACCGCUUUCCCAUUGUUCGUUCUCUCGGCCUCCAGCGCGCAGCUGGACAAUGCCCCAUCUUUUCCUUUAAUUUUCUCAUCCCAGGACUCUUAUAAUCGGCCUCCGUGUAUCAUAAUUCCCCACCAACGCGCCCCUCGCUUCAUAGGACACAUUCGACGCGUCUCAUUCACAGUAACACUUCGCAAUGACUGCCAUUAUAUCUCCAAAGCCUCGCCCUGCAUACUCUUCCCUCACCACAUCCCCUCCUCACUCCCUACUGGCCCCUAUCUACGCACAGGAUGAUGACCAGCGAGCCCUACACAGCCCACCACGACUUGCAUCCCCUAUCGAUCUGUUCGAUCCUCGCGCGAAUGAUGCCAAUAUCGUCAAGUCACCUAGCACGUGCAAACCCGUCAAGAGGCGUCGAGGACCGACGUCGUAUGCACUUCGCUCAUCGCGAAGACGACCUUAUUCUCGUGCGGACUGCCAUAUCAUUCCCUUCCGUGGACCGGCUGUCUUCGACAGCUUGCCAUGGAUCGCUCAGCUCGAGGCUGCACCGGAAGACGGAUCUGUGUUGGACAUCGCGGAUCUCUCACAACUUGCGACGAAAGUAACGCGACCGGAGUCUCCAUGUAUGGAUCUCGUACGACGACGGAAGAAGCCUUUGCGUCCUCAUCGGCGCGAGCCCGAGCCCAUCAGAUCGGCGGACUGCUUUCCCCCGCCGGGUCUCGAAAGUCUUCCUGCGUACGCGCUCUUUCCUGCCGAUCGGUUCGUUUCGAACCCGCGUACUCCUCCUCCUCGGGAAUCGUUCGUGCCAUCGGAGGUACGCUUUCACGGCCUCAAUCCAGCCUUUCCUUCAGGUCUCGAUGACGUCUGGUACCACCCCUGCAACUCUCCCUCCGAGUGAUCCUCCGUUGGUCACUGUUAUAUCCUCUAUGCAAUGUCCGUCGGCCCUUCUGCCGUAAUCAAU